CGGGUCGGCGGCCAGCGGCGACCGCUCGCCGGGGCCCAUCAACGGAGCCGCAGUGCCACCACCGGCGGCGGCGGCCAGCCCCGAGCGGCACAACGUGGACGCGUUCGUGCCGGACGGCGCGCUUGAUGCCAACUUCCUGGACGAGGUGACGCCCCAGGCGACGCCCUCCAAGACGGCGGCCGCGGCGCCGCCCGGCUCCGACAGUGAGGACGACACGGCGGCCGGCAAUCCGAUGGUGGCCGGGUUCCAGGACGACAUUGAUGACCUGGAGCUGGUGUCGGGGGCGCCGCGGCACGACCGCCACGCGCUGCCCGACUCCAGCGACGAGGAACCGGCGCCGCCGCCGCCGGCCAGCGCCGUGGACUUGCCCGACGCGGGGGCGGCCGGCCGGCGGCGGCGCGACGUGCGACUCGUGGCGCCGCCCCCCGCGCCCGACGAGUCCAUCGCGGCGGCGGUGGAGAGCGAGCCGGAGGAAGCGUCGCAGAAGGUGCAGACCGACAGUGGCGCGGAGGCGGCGCACAAGACGAAGAAGAAGAAAAAGAAGGACAGGAGAAGGAGAAAGAGGUCAGCGCCGUGGUGA